GCAGCUCUUUGUAUGACUGGUCCGCGAGGUACCCCAGCACCGAGGAUACACGCGGCAGCAGCAGCGGAGGACCAUUAGAAGACAAAGUCCCGACCAGGGACUGACAGGGUCCAGCAACGUCCCCUGUCCGAGCCACACGCCACCACCGGACACACGGAGCGUUAACGGGAGGGGGAACACGACGCUUCUCAGAGUGAACCGCUGCCUCUGAAGGUGGUUUUAAACAGAAGUUGGUUUACCGGGAAGUUUGAUGGUCACAGCAGCAGUAACUGGAGCCUGAACGCUGGUGUGGAGAGAACAGAACCGACCUGAACUUUACUGCCUCCAGACUUAUUUCCACAAUUUAUCUGCUUGAAAACGCUUCUUUUAUCGGACCGUGGUGGUUUCUGUUUGCCCACAAGCCAUAAACCCUCCAACUUUAAAGAAGGUUAUCUCAGUACCUGCUGAUAUACACACUGACGAGAGAAGAAAGGAACAGGGAGACAAGGACAGACGGAAAAAAUUGGAUGUAUUUGCAGCCAUGGAUGUAACUGUUUACCCGCCUCCUCCUCAGUCUCUGGCCCCGUCAGACCACUCCAGACUGGGUCAGCUCUCCUACCCUGACCCGGCCUUUGGGACCAACAAGCUGGAUGGGGACACCAUGUUCCUGGGUAUGCCAGAGGCAGGCCUUGACUUUGCCUCAAGCAAUCAGUUUCGUGUGCCACAGCCCCCUCACCCUCUAAACAAGGUGACGCCACCCAACUCACAACACUGGAAGCGGGACACGCAUAUGGCUGAUACACACCGUCUGCCUUGGUCAUACUCAGUGGGUGGUUUAGGUGAUGAGGACUUUAACAUCCCACCCAUUACCCCUCCCACCCUGCCAGACCACAUGCUGCCCUCCCAUCUCCCCCAUGAUUCUCCCUCUGGACCUUACCAUCCUCUGGACCCCCCCUCCCGUACAGCUCCUCACCACCCCUACCAGCUGCAGGGCAUGGAUCUGCCAGGCAUGCCUGGGAGCCAAAAUGGAGGUGCUAUGUUGAACCAAGAUGGUGGCACAUGCGGCCCAAUGACAAGUACCUUGUCUGUGAUGCAGCAGAUGGUCAACUCUGAUUCGCGUUUCACAAGCAGCCAACAGCCUAUCGAGGCAGCGCUUGGACCGAGGAGCCAAUCAGGCAUGAGCCAGCAAAGUCAGUUGUCCACCGUCAAUCAAUCCCAGCUGGGCCUCAGUGGGAACUCUGUUACCCAUAAUUCUCCCUCACCUCCAGGAAGUAAAUCGGCUACACCAUCUCCCUCCAGUUCAGCACAUGAGGACGAGAAUGAUGACGGACUCAGGCUGGGCAGUGGAGCAGAGAAGAGGCCAGCAGCAGUGGACAUUUCCAAGAAACCCAAAACACCAAAGAAGAAGAAGCGAAAGGACCCAAAUGAGCCAGUGAAGCCAGUGUCUGCCUAUGCCUUGUUCUUCAGGGACACCCAGGCCAACAUCAAGGCCCAGAACCCGAAUGCCACUUUCGGGGAAGUGUCAAAGAUUGUGGCCUCCAUGUGGGACAGUCUUGGAGAGGAGCAGAAACAGUUGUACAAGAAGAGAACAGAGACGGCUAAGAAGGAGUAUCUGAAACAACUGGCUGCCUACAGGGCAAGUCUGGUCUCACAGAGUUACAGCGAUUCACCUGAGAUGAAACUGCCCCACUCCUCUCCCUCAUCUUCCUCAUCUUCUACCUCAGUUUUUACACCCAAACCUUCAAUGUACCCUGGUCACGUUGGUCACCCAGGCCAGCACCUUUCCUCCAGCUCCAUAGUCCACCCUCACUCUCUCCCUCCCCCUCAGCACCCGAGCAUGUACAUGACGUAUCCUCACCAGUCACACCCUUCCCACGCCUCAAGUCCCAGCCUCGGCCCUCACCUGCCUCCUCCUCACACCCAUAUGCACCCCCAGCUCCAGGCUAUGUCAUCCAGAGGGACAGUGCCGCGGCCCAGUGUCCCUCACCAGGGAGCUCUGUCUCUUGGCGGCAUGACAGCAGCAUCCACACCUCCUCUCCAGGUCAGCCCUCCUCUCCACAGCCAGGCUCACCUGGGAGGGCUGCACAGUCCACACCAUCAGCACCAGCAGCUCAGUGGACACUCUGUGGGACUGACGCACUCGCCUGCCAUCACACAGGGCUACCCCCCCUCCCUCCAGUCUGACUACCAGCAGAUAGGAGGAGGUAUGCUUAAUGGUGGAGCAAUGAUGUCACCAUCAAUGGACUACCACCAGCUUGGUCGACACACACCGGGCCACCACCCCUCCUUGGACUGGAGCACUGAUUACCAUGGCAAUGGAAGUCUUCAGAGAGAAAAACAUCUCUAUCUGAGCUAAUCUCAGGACCGUGACACCAAACUUCAGCUAAGCCCAUCUACUGCCACUAUGGAACCUCUCUACACCAAGGCCAGCUUACUUCAACCUCAACCCCCUGAGGACUCAACCAACAGACCAUCUACAUUUGAAUAGAGUUCAGCACUUCAAACUAGAGCCCAAGCUGUAAAAUAAGGGGACAUUUCUCUGUAUUACUAAUAUGUCUCAUAUACUGGACAACAGGACCGCGUUGAGAACGGGAAGAAGAAAUACUUUCUUCAAGCUCCUGCAUGUCCCUUGGCUUCUCUGACAUCUACUAUUGGCUGUAUUUUUGUACUUAUCCUUUACAGCAUGAGACGUGCUGUAAUUUGAAUAGAAAAUGUGUAUAACAGUGAGGAGAGAUGGACAAGUCCUCUGCUGUGAUAGGUGUAUAUGCUCCAACCUCCCUCAGAGAGGGAUUUUCCGUCUAGUUUCCUGUCUGCUCUAAAAAGUUCGUAUGUAGUCCCUCAUUUUUUUAAAGAUGGUGUUUACCAUCAGGUCCAAAUGAUUCUGAAGAGCGACUGUACAUUACUGUAAUGUAAUUGUUUGAGCUGUGGAUUUUAAGCCAAUUAAAUUUGUUUUGUUUUGUUUUUUGGACCUGGUAGUUGCUGUAUCUUCCAACAGCCAAAGUCAAGAGAACACAGUCCACAAACAAAGGGUUGAUAACCAAAAGAUACACAGAUUGUUUUUCCCCUUUUCCCUUCCUUUUCCAUUGGUUCUUUAAUUAUAUGAGUUCACGUGUUCAGUUUGAUGCUGUGUGGACUGAAGUCCCGCACUGUCUUUUGAGACAGAAAAUGCAUUUUGAUUCUGAACAGAAGCAGUGUUGAACACAGUGAUAAUUGCUGAAUUCAUUGUGCUGUAUUCAGCUAAAAACAAAAAAGUGAACAAGGUGAGGUAGUGUUGACUUUUUAACCAGGCACCAGCUGUAAAUAAUUGUGUCUGAUUAAAGGACUGUAAUUGUUCUCUGGCAGUGAAGCUCAGAUCAGCAGGGUAGAAAUUCAAUGUAUUUUAGUCCUUGAAAUAAUGAAAUGUCAAACAAUUCUUUGUUAGAAAAAAAAGGAAUGAAAAUGUAAACCUUUUGUAUGACGACAGCUCCUCCUCCUGGCAUAUGUCUGUUGAUAAUAUUGAUUCAGAUCCAAAUUGUGUGUGUAUGUGAAGUGUUGAUGAGAAAGCAGAGCGGUUGAUUGGGUUGCAUGGUCUCUUGUCAUCUCUAUUUCUCUGUGAACACAGGCUAUUUAAGAAACUAUAACUGUUGCUGGGUUGGCUGUGUUUUAAUGUUGUUUUUUUAAUCAAAUCAAGUGUUUUUUUUAGUGUUGAUGAUGAUGCGAGACAUGUCUCUCACUGUCUAUCUCUUUGUAUUAAUGUGAUUGUUGGCAGAUGAAAGGACUCUGGGCAACAACAACCAUGAAGAUUUUCUUAUUUUUAGAUUCUAAUAAUGUGUUUGAGAAUAAAGUCAGUGCUGCAUUGAUGUGCAGUCAUUAAU